AUGAGUCAGCGCACAAAAUUUAUAAUAAAUACAUCGGUUGAGUAUUUUGCAGCGCGCAUUCCGAGCACGGAAUUGGAUGAACAAACAGCGACUAUAUUGGAGUUUCUAGAGCAGGAGGAGCACACGGUUAUCUCGGCCGUGCAUAAUAAAUCCGAUGGCAAAAUCAAAUUUCAGCAUCGCAUACCCAGCGACGAAGUCUGUUUACUUUUCUACAAGGUGCCGCAGGUGGGCAAUGGGGGAGGCAACAACGGCAACGGGCACGGAAGAGAUGUCGAACCACCGUUGGGCAUAUUAACACUGGAGGGUGGCCUGGUUAAAUCCAUUUACAAUUCCGUUUCACGUGUCUUUUCGCCCCAUGCCACGGCCCGACGCAACGAAUAUAGCCCUGAGCUGAGCGGCCUCCUGGAGAAUUUGCAUGUCUCGCUGGGCUCCACAUUGGGUUUGCCACAGAGCGGCAUAACAAGCAUAAAAGAUGAGAUAAAAUACUGGAAACAAAAGCUGGGCCAAAAGUCUAGUUCGCGCCUUGAUCGCGAGACGGCGCAGGUAUUCAUUGGCCUGCUUGAAAAUAUUGAGCAGAAAAUUAGCACCAUCGACAGCGGCGGCAAUUCGAGCAGCCGCAUCGAGGAAUUCCUCGAUCAUGCGCACAACAAUCUCGACGAGCUGUGGCGCCUGCCCUACAACUAUCCGCAGCAGCGCAUGGCCGAUCUGCUGGACAUCAUGGGCAAUCGGCUGCUGGAGGCGUGUCUGGUGCAGCUGCUGGCGGAGGAUAUUUGGUGUCUGAACUCGUAUCAUGUCAACAAUCUGAUGAGCCAGUGCAUGGACACCGUGGAUGCCUGGAUGCAGCUGUGCGACUCGCUGACCCGCCUCUUUUGGCCCAACUAUGUGAAGCACCCUUGGCUGGGUGAGCCGCAUGUGCCGCGUCGCGGCCAGCAGUUCAAGGAGCGCCUCGGCGAGAUACGCAACAUCAAGCAGCUGUACAAGCAAAUCGCCACGCUGCUCAACGAUGCCGAGCUGCAGGAGAUGUUCCAGGAGCAGGCGGCCUUUAGCGAUUUCAAUAUAUUCGACACCUCGCCCUCGGGUCAGGCCAAAUGGCACAAGGCGCUGCAGCAUUUCGAGCAGGUGCUGCAGCCCAUUGACGAGCGCAUGGCCGCCGCCUUGAAGUCGCAGCUGCAUCAUCAUUUGAGCAAUCCGCGUCAGGUCAUCUUCAUAUUCUCUAAAUACGAGAUGCUCAUACAAAGACCCGCCGUACUGGAGCUGCUCAGCAUUGAGCGUGAGCAAUUCCUGCAAUCGCUGCAUUUGUUGUUGCAGGAUCUGCGCAAGGCCAUGACCGACACGAAUAUGGAGCCCGAUACGGGUCACCUGUCGGUCAUAUGCAACGAGUGCCGCUGGCUCAAGGUGGUGCAGUAUCAAAUCCAGGAGAUCGAGAAGGUCAGCCACUUGAUAAGUGGCCGCGAGGGCUUCGAUAAGGUCAACAAAGCGGUGCAGGAGAUCAAGGAGGAGACCGAGUCGCUGCUGCGUACCAAUUUUGAGAUCUGGUCGGGUCAAUGCUCCACGGCCGUCAAAAGUGGAGAACUAAAGCUGCGCGACGAUCAGGCUGUCGUCAAGUUCGAGAAGGAGGGCCGUCAGCUGAUGCGUGUCACGUUUAACCCCAAACUGGUUACCUUUUGCCAGGAUGUGCGCGAGUUCGAGAAUCUGGGCUAUACUGUGCCCCUCGAAGUGCGCUCGGCGGCCACACACGCGGCUAAGUACAUGUGCUAUGCGCGACGAUUGCAACAAAUUGCGACAUUCCACAAUACCAUUGGCGAUCGUAUGAUACCCUGCCAGCGGCCAAUUAUGCUGAAGAAUGCGCUGGAGCUGCAGCGUCUGGUGCAGAGUGAAACGGUUGCCUGGCAGGAUGAGGACUCGGUGCAGCGUUAUGUGAACAUCCUGCAAGAGGCAGUGUCCAAGCUGUCCGCAGACAACACGCUGCUGGUGGGCUAUCAUGAGCAGGCCAAGCGCACGGUCAUGAAGCUCAUGGGCACGGAUCUUUUGACACAAAAUCAAGUGUGGAAGGAUGAACUGCGUCAUUUACGCGAACUGGUGGCCACACUCGAGCGCCAGGGCUAUACAAAUUUGGAUGCCUUCAAGCUGCACUGGGACCAUCAGCUGUACAAGGUGCUGGAAUAUCAGUAUAUACUCGGCCUGCUCGACAUGAACAACAAAUUGCCCGAUAUACAUAUAAAGCUGGUGCUGCGACAGCGUCAGCUCUGCUACAGUCCGCCGGAGGAGGAGAUACGCGAAUUGUACUUCUCGCAGUUGCGACGUUUCAUUGAGCGGCCGUGCAAUUUUCGAGGCUUGUCCGAGCACAGCGCCGCGCUCUUUCAGACCAUGGUGGCGCUGAAUCGCCAUCACUUUGGGCCGCUGUAUGCACGUGCCGCACAAUUGUUCGACAAGCUGGAGGAUUUCAAACGCAUCUGGCUGCCCUGGAUAGCGCUAGGCUGUGUGGAUGUGGAGCAGCUGUGCGGCAUUCAUCUAAAUGAAGCCGCCGAUUGGGAUCGCAAUUUUCGUUCAUGCAAACAGUUCAGCCAGCAGCUGGCUAAGCUGCAGCAAUCGGAAGAGUCCAUCGACUGCAUUGUUAUCAAUGUUCUGCCGCUGCGCACCGACAUUGAAUAUCUGAGUAGACGCUACUGGGAGGCGCUGGCGAAUAGUCUGCGUGCGUCCGUACUUAACGAUGUGGGCGCCGUGCAGGAGUUUCUGCAGAAUGCGCUGCAGUUCCUGCAGAACGUGCCCAUGGACGAGGGCAGCAUCAGUCAAUCGGGCAUGAAGUAUGAGAAGAUUAUGAGCGAGCUGCCGCAGAUCAGCAGCACACUGGAGCUGGUGCGCGAGAAGGAUGCCUGCCUGGCCGGCUGGUGCAAGGAGCGUGUCACCGCCCUGGCGCCCAUCAUGCUGCAGUGGGAGCAACUGCAGCCGUUGCUGGAGAACCAUGCGGUCAUAUUGCAGCGUCAAGUGGACAUGAUCAAAACCCAGGCGCACACGCAGCUGCAAAAUCUGCGCAACGAGGCGGACAAGUUUCUGCUGCGCUGGGAGUCCACCAUAGCCGAACUGGAGGCCAACGAUUCCGCCAGCCUGGAGCUGUUCAAGGAGCGUCGCGCUCACUGGCAACAGCUGCAGCUAAAGAAACAGCAGCUGCUCGACGAGUGUCACAAAUUUAACAUGGAAUUCCCCGAAGAUGCACUGGCUCCCUUUGCUGCCAUCGAUGCCCAGCUGGAGCAGCAGUCACAGCAGUGGAAGGUGUAUGAUACAUUUCUGGACGAACUGCAGCCCAUAUUGCACGAGGAUUGGGCCAUUUAUAGACGGCGUCCGUAUGUGCUGAACGAGUUCAUUGCGCGCUGGGAGGGCUCGGUGCACGCCUCCAUUGAUCUGCCCUCGAAGCGCAUACGCCAGCAGGUGGAGCGUCUGCAGACCACAAUGCCCAUUCUCCAGCAGCUGCAAUCGGAUGCGAUCAGCGAACGCCAUUGGGCAAUCAUAUUCCAGCUGCUGCAUAGAACUCAUUCAAAGCCUUUGCAUGCCAUACAGCUGCAGGAUUUGCUGGAGGACAUGGAUGCGUUGCAGGCAGCUGCUCCGGAGAUCAGCAACAUUGUGCGGCAGGCGGCAUCGGAGCAGAUAGUCAGGCAGGCGCUCGUGGAGCUUGAUCAGUGGUCGGUGACGUCGCAGCUAAAACUAAUUGAGCGCACGGAUGCCACCGGGCAGCCUGUGUGCCUGAUCAAGGACUAUCAGGAGGUGCUCAACAAGAUUGGCGACAACCAGUCGCUGCUGCAAUCGGCCAAAAACUCGGCCGCCUUCGAUAGCUUCUCUGAUCAGGCGGGUCUCUGGGAGAGUCGCCUCAAUACACUCGAUGUGCUGCUCACCAGUCUGAGCCACUCACAGCGACGCUGGGUCUACCUAGAGCCUGUGUUUGGCGCUGGAACCCUACAGCAGGAGCACGCUUUGUUCAAGCGCAUCGACAAGGACUUUCGCUAUGUGAUGCGUGAGAUACAAAUGGAUCCGCGCGUGACUUCCCUGCUGAAGAUCAACAAUAUAAGCACCAUUGUCAAUGCGCUGGAAACUCAGCUGGCGCGUUGCCAGCAAAAUCUGAUGAGCUAUAUAACGGACAAACGCAAUUCAUUUCCGCGUUUCUAUUUUCUGGGCGACGACGAUCUGCUCGAGCUGCUGGGUCAGGCUUCGAAGGAUGCAGACAUCAUAAAGCGCCACAUACGCAAACUCUUUCCGGGCUGUCAUAGUCUGGGCAUAGAACAGACAGCCAAUGGCAGCCACUACAGAAUUCUGGCCGUGCACAGCGCCGAGGGCGAUGAGCUGCGCCUGAGCCAAGCCGUCGACAUGACCGGCGACAUUGAGCGCUGGCUCAAUCAGCUGGUGGCCGCCGUGCAGGAGACGCUGCGCAGCCAGAUCUACGAGUGCUACAACAAUACCAACGGCUCCAGCGACAAUCUCAGCGAGCAGCUGCUGCGUCAAUAUGCCAGCCAGGUGCUGGCCACAGCGCGUGCCCUACACUUUACGCGUCAGACGGAAAAGGCCAUUGGGGGCAUGUCGCUGGCCAAGCUGCAGCAGCAGCUCAAAGCGGAAAUAGCUCAUCUGGCGGCCAUGAAACAGCGUGCGACAGGCGGCAGCUUGCAAUGGCUUAAGCUGAGCGCCUUGCUGCUGGAUCUGGUGCAUUAUGUUGGCGUAUUGGAGGAGCUGCAGCAACAUAAUGUGAUGCACAUUAGUGACUGGCAUUGGCUGAGUCAGCUGAGAUAUUAUCUGGGCGGCGGGCAGGAUGCACGACAGGUGUGGGUGCGCAUGGUUUAUGCGGAAUUUGAAUACGCCUACGAGUUUCUGGGACAUGCCAAUAAGCUGGUUCACACACGGUUGACACACAAUUGUUAUCUUACACUCACACAGGCCAUGCACAUGGGCCUCGGCGGUAAUCCCUUUGGCCCAGCGGGCACGGGUAAAACGGAAUGCGUUAAGGCGCUGGGCGGCAUGCUGGGACGUCUCGUUUUGGUUUUCAAUUGCGAUGAGAAUGUGGACACCGAAGCGAUGAGCCUAAUCCUUACCGGUUUGGCGCGCUGCGGCGCCUGGGGUUGCUUUGAUGAGUUCAAUAGGCUACUGGAGGCAACUCUAUCAUCCAUAUCCAUGCUCAUACAGCCCAUCCAGAGUGCCCUGAAGGACAAGGCGGACAGUGUGCAGAUUGGCGACCGCAAGGUUCAGCUUAACCAGCACUGCGGCAUUUUUGUGACCCUAAAUCCAGCGGGUGGCGAAUACGGCGGCAGACAGAAGCUGCCCGGCAAUAUUCAGGCGCUCUUUCGACCAAUUGUCAUGCAACAACCGGAGCCGGGCGAGAUUGCACGCGUCAUGUUGUUCGUUGAGGGCUUUGUGGCUGCAGCGGAUAUUGCGGAGCGCAUUGUGGAGCUGUUUGAUCUUUGCAGUAAAAUGCUGUCCGCCCAGCGGCACUACGAUUGGGGACUGCGCGAACUGAAAACUGUGCUGCUCGUUUGCGGCGAGGGACUGCGCGCGCAAUUAGCGGGAACGCCCGUUAAUGAGCAUUCGGACGCCAGGCCUAGUCCGUCGGCGAUUGGUAAUGAUGAAAUGCGCAUUGCUGUCCAUUGUCUACGCUCAUCAACCAUGUCCAAGCUGGCGCAACAGGACGUUGAGUGCUUCGAAAUGUUGCUGUUAAAUGUGUUUCCGGAAAUUGGCGCCUCUGAGGCACCGUUGACGCCGCUGCAUCAAGCACUGACGGCCGCCUUUGCUCCACUAGGCCUCUGUGCCAACGACAGGCAAAUUAAGAAGGCCUUGCAGCUGCAUGAACAGCUCCAGAAGCGUAUGGGCGUUGUGCUAGUGGGCCCACCCGGCUGUGGCAAGUCUAGCAUUCUGUCGCUGCUGCGUCAGGCACUGACCGCAACGACUGGCACACAGCUGCGCGUGCACACCAUCAGUCCCAAGUCGAUGAGUCGUGUGCAGCUGCUGGGGCGACUGGACACGGACACGCGACAGUGGCUAGACGGCGUUCUCACCCACACGGCUGUGCUGGUCAAUCAGGAGCCGUCGCACGUGCGCUCAUGGAUUGUGUGCGAUGGCAGCAUUGAUCCCGAGUGGAUUGAGGCAUUAAACUCGGUGCUGGACGAUAACAAACUCCUAACGCUGCCCUCCGGCUGGCGCAUACAGUUCGGCAACAACGUCAACUUUAUAUUCGAAACGGACGAUGUGCGCCACGCCUCCCCGGCAACUAUAUCCCGAAUGGGCAUUGUGAACAUGAGCUACGAUCAUUAUCCCUUGAAAGAAAUGCUUAAGCAUGAGCUUGAAAAGGAACCAUAUGGUGAUCUACUGCAAAGCUACAUUGAUGGAAAUUUCCAAACAGCUUUCGAAUGGCUGGAAAAUGAAAAUUUCUUGAGUCAGACGCCCGGCAUAAGUCGUGUCAGUGUGUUACGAUCUCUGCUGCUCCAGCUGCACAAUAGCCAGAGCCUUGAGGAGUAUGGAGCGGCCACAUUGCGUGCAAUGCUCGGCUAUAUUCCGAGCGAGCGACAGCGUGACUUUGCUCAGCUGGUGCUGCAGCGGGCGAAUCUGUACGUGGCGCAGCCCAAUCACGCCGAGCUGAGCUACUAUGAGCCGCAGCACAGCGCAUUGGAGCAGUAUGCGCUGGGGGUUAUGGAAACUUCUGAACGGGAUAGUCAACUAAUAGUCACGGGCUAUGUCAAGUCGUAUCUAAACAUCAUCAGCUCGUUGCUGGAGCUGCCCCCCGGCCGGGCAAUGCCGUUUAUGCUCAUCGGACCCAGUGGAGCGGGCAAGACGCUGCUGUUGGAGCAGGCGCUGCUGGAGCAUUCGGGCUAUCAGCUGGCCAGCAUCAAUUGCUCCACACAGCUGACCGCUGGCUAUGUGCUGCACACGCUGCGCACGCACUGUGUCACGGUAAGCGGCGUGCGGGGGCGGGAAUAUAGGCCCAAACAAUCGCGUCUGUUGCUGUUCAUGAAGAAUCUAGAUCUAUGCCAGCUGGAUGAUUGGGGCGCCUGUGAAAUUGUGGAGCUGCUGUUGCAGCUAGUGCAACGCGGCGGCUUCUAUGCGGACAAUCUGGAAUGGAUUAGCGUCAGUGGGCUACAAAUUUGUGCGUCCAUUAGCGGCAAUUUGUUAAAAAUUUCACCCCGUUACUUGGCCAUCAAUCAAUAUGUGCGAGUGGCUCGACCCAGUCCAUCCGAUAUGCUGGCCAUCGUGCAGUGUCGCCUCGAGCCUUUGCUCCAUACGCAUUUCAGGGCAAAGAGCGGCGGCAGUCCCAUCAAUUUACAGCAUGUUAGCGAGUGCCUAAUGGAGUGCUUCGAAAAGCUGCAGGCCACUUUUACUGCCUCCACUGGCCAACAGCAGCAGCGGCAACAGCAGCAACAGUUGCAUUAUCAGUUUAGCCCCAAGUGCAUUAUGAAGCUAAUUGCGGGUCUCGUUUACUACCCGUCGACUGACUUCAAUGAGGCUUUGUACUGCGAGCUAUUGGGCAUGUUUAGGGACCGUUUGGCCAGUGAGGAGCAUGUCCAGCAAUUUGAGACGAUAUUGAAGCAAACUAUGCGCAAAUACUUUGGCAAAGAGAAAAUCUACUUUGUGCCCAAGUCGCCUAAAUCGAAAGGACAGCUGCAUGGCCUGACCCAUGAUGAGUGGCUGGAGGAGGUGCACAGGCAAAUUACAAUUUGCAAUGCCGAAAACUACAGUAUUUCAUCGCCUAUCACGGAAGAGCUGCUGCAGCACACGGCCAAAGUGGCACGCAUCCUCUCCAGAAACGAUGCACAUUUGGUUAUUCUGGCUGAGGCCGGUGACCGUCACUUGGAUGCCAUUUAUGCGGCUGCCACGCUGCAGCAGGCCAAAGUAUUGACAAUACAGGGCGGCGCCAGCUAUGGUCUACCAGAAUUCUACAACGAUCUGAAGCUGGCCAUGCAGACGGCGGCGCUAGAGCAGCAGAUGAGCUAUCUGCUGAUCGAACACUGUUGGCUCAGCUAUGUGCCCGACAUACUGAAACCGAUUGAAGCACUGUUAGAGGGCAGUGAAAUUCUGGAGCUCUUUGGCGAUGAUCUGGAGACGGUGGCCAGCGCACUAAAGCAGGCGGCGCAAAUGGAGGGCUAUCAGGAGUCGCUGGGCGCGUACUUUAUGAAGCGCGCUCGAGAGCAUCUGCAUUUGGUGCUCGUGCUGGAGCCGAGCAGUCCACAGCUGGCGCAAUACUUUAAUAGCUGCCCAACACUGCAUCGUCAGAUGGAUAUGCUCUAUGUGCGGCCAGAGUCGCGCGAUACGCUGGCCAUGCUGCCAAAGCAAUACAUUGAGCUGCUCAAUGAGGCGUCUGUGGCUGCGGGGCGUGGCAAGGUGCCUGUUUGCAGUAAUUUUUCAGACGUGGCCGAGGAGUUGCCGCUGGAACAGCCAGCGCAUCGCUACUAUCAGCUCAUUCGUAGCUAUUAUCACAUGUAUAGCAAUGCCGCCGCUGGUAUUGAUCAGCGUCUGGGUAAGCUACAGCUGGGCGUGGACAAGUUGGCCGCUGCCCAUGCGCUCGUCGACACCUUAAAGUCGAAUGCAUCGGCCCAGGAACAGGCGCUGGGUGAGAAACGCCAGCUGGCCAAUGAUGCGCUGCAAAUGAUCUCAGCCACGAUGCACAAUGCAAAUGAGCAAAAGUCCAAUAUGUUGGAACUGAAGCAGCAGACGCAGCAAAGCAGCGAGCAGUUGAAGCUGCGACAGCGCGAGAUACAACAGGAACUGGCCGAGGUGGAGCCCAUAUUGGCGGAGGCCAGCAAUGCAGUGGGUCAAAUCAAAUCCGAGGCGCUCUCCGAAAUACGCUCGCUGCGCGCACCACCUGAAGCCGUGCGGGACAUAUUGGAGGGCGUGCUGCGGCUGAUGGGCAUACGCGACACCUCGUGGAACAGCAUGAAAACAUUUUUGGCAAAGCGUGGCGUCAAGGAGGAUAUACGUUCCUUGGAUCCGGCGCACAUUAGCCCCGAGAAUUGUCAAGCCGUGGAGCGUUUGCUUGCAGCAAAGGGCGACUCCUACGAAUCGAAGAAUGCCAAACGCGCUUCGGCAGCGGCUGCACCGCUCGCCGCCUGGGUGCAGGCCAGCGUGCGUUAUGCGCGUGUCAUUCAGAGCAUAAAGCCGCUAGAGCGGGAACAGAAUGAACUGCAGCGUAACCUAAAUGCGGCCGAGAAUGAGAUGGAGCAGCUGGCCAGUGGCUUGGACGAUGUGGACAAGCGUGUCCAGAAGUUAUCCGCAAAGCUGCAAACCUACACGCAAGAGGCGGCCGUGCUGGAGCUAAAGCUGCAGGAAGCCGGUGCCACACUGCAGGCCGCCGAGCUGCUGGUGGGCAAACUGAGCGCAGAGUAUGCCACCUGGAGCGAGCAGUUGGCGGAGCUAAAACGAGCUCAUAAAACACUGGACGGCAAAAUGCUGCUGCUCGCAUUGGCCAUCAAUUACUAUGCGAGCUGGGGCGUAGAGCAGCGGGGCGCCUCAAUAAAACGCAUGAGCGUGGACUUUCAGCUGCCCGGAACAGGCUUUGAUCUACGCCAAACCCUUGUCACCGAGCAGCAGCAAAUCAUUUGGGAGAGUCAAGGCUUGGCGCGCGACGCUCAGAUCAUUGAGAGCGCCGCGCUGCUGCGGGAGAUGCUGUCGCUGCCCUUUGGCAGUUGUCCAGUGCCUUUGCUGCUCGAUCCCACCCAGACGGCGGCGCAGUGGCUGACGGCGCAUUUGCGUGCCGCGGGACGUGCCAGCGAGCUGACGACGCAGGGCAACGAGCGCCUGUGCUAUCAACUGGAGCUGGCCGUGCGCUUUGGCAAGACGCUGCUGGUCAUGGACUGCGAGCAGCUGCGUCCGCCAUUGCUGGAACUGCUGCAAGGGCACGUCUAUGUGCGCUUCAAUAAACGCCAAUUGGCGGUGGCCAGCAAACUGGUCGAUCUGCACGAGGAUUUCCAAUUGGUGCUAAUCAGCAAAUCGCAUCGCUUGCAGCAGCAGCUGCCGCCGGAGCAGCGUAGUCUGGUCAAUCUGUUGCGCUUUACAGUGACCGCCACCGGCCUGGCGGAUCAGCUCAUGUCCAAGGCGAUUGUGCUUAAGAAUCCCGCAUUGGAGCAGCAGCGCAUUGAGCUAUUGCAGCGCGAGGGUGAGCUGCUCAAGCAGCGCAUGGCACUGCAGGACAAACUGCUGGAGCAACUAUCCAAGGCUGAGGGCGAUAUAUUGCGCAACGAGCCACUUCUGGCCAGCCUGAAUGAGGUGAAGCGCAGCAGCGCCGAAAUUGAUGCUGCACUGGAGCAAAGCGGCCAGGUGAAGCAGACGCUGCUCUCACAAUUUGGCGCACUGCGCGAACUGUGCGUCCAGUCGGCUGACUUUUAUGCCGGCCUCACGCAGGGCUACGAGCUGUCCGCCCUGGUCUACAUCGAGCUCUUUCUGGGCGCACUGCGUGCUCAGGAGUCGCAGCAGCAGCAGCAGCUUUACGAGCGUCUCGUGCGCAGCGUCUACCUGCAUCUGGCGCGUGCCACACCACGCGAUAGUCAGCUAACGCUGGCUCUUUGGGUUUGCCGCCAGGCCUUUGGAGCAGCGCUUGGCAUCAAGGAAUGGGAGCUGUUUAUUAGCAAUUUUAUGGGCAGCGCCGAUGGCAGCGUUCAGCUGCUCGGCAACGGGCUGCCCGACUGCAUCAACCGCGAGGCGCAGCUGAAGCUGGCGCAGCUGCUGCAACAGCUACCGGAGCUGCGUGGCCAGCUGCAGCUGGACAAGGAUUAUGUAUGGCGCGGCUUUAUCGAACAGCAAACGGACGAUGUACUGCCCCACGUCAAGGCACCCUUUCAGCGCGUGCUCUUGGCCCAAAUCUUUCGACCCGAUUUGCUGGUAUCGCAGUUGCGUUUAGCAAGCAGCCAAUUGCUGGGCCUGUCCCCAGAGGCGGCCACACAGCCGACGGUACAGCAGCUGCUGGAGCAGAGCAGCUGCGAUCGUCCCGUACUGAUGAUAAGUCAGCCCGAACUGGAUCCGGCCACAGAGCUCAGGGGCGUGGCAUUGAAAAAAUGGGGCCCCCAAAAGUAUGUGGAGCUGGCCAUCGGACGCGGCAGCGAGCAGCGUGCUCUGGUGGCCAUGCGACAGGCGGCCAACCAGGGUCAGUGGCUGUGCGUGAAGAAUGUGCAUCUGGUGCCUCAGUGGCUGGGCCAAAUGGAGCGUGAGCUAAGCGAGCUGCACAAAUCCCCGGACUUUCGCCUCUGGCUGCUGUGUGAGUCGACGCACGGCUUCAGCGAGGCGGCUGUCUACAAGUGCCUCAAGGUGCGUUACGAGCAGCCGCGCGGCCUCAAACAGCAGGUGCAACGCAUGCUGCAGAACUAUGCCGGCCUGGAGACGGAACUGGCCACCAAGCUGCCGGCCAAGUGCCUGAAGAUGCGACUGGUGCUCUUUCUGCUGCAGGCUGUGCUCCAGCAACGGCGUCAGUAUAUACCACAAGGCUGGUCCAAGUACUAUGAGUUUGGCGAAGCGGAUCUGAAGGCUGCGCUGGGCGUGCUUGGCUGGCUAGAUGCGCAGCUGAUCAGCGGCCGCUGCGACUGGAUGCUGCUGCAGCGGCUCUGCGAGGCGGUGGCAUACGGCGGGCGCCUGAACAAUGCACGCGACGUGGACAUACUGAACAGCUAUCUGUCGCAGUUUUGCUGCGCGGAUGUGCUAAGCAAUCGCUGGCAGCCGCUGAGCCUGGGCAGCGCCCUGCCCACAAGCGGCCAGCUGCAGGACUAUCAUGCGGCAGUGGAGCGCUUGCCGGAUGUGGAUGAGCCGCGCAUAUAUGGGCUGGCUAGCCAGGCGCAGCAACGGCGCGAAAUGGAACAGGCGCGUCUCAUAGUCAGAGAUCUGCGAGCGCUGCAAUUUGGCGGAGCGGCAGCAAGCAACGAGCUGGCCACGCCCAAUGCCAGACAGCGUCUGGAGCAGCAGAUCAAGCCUUUGCUCAGCCUCUGGCGCAAAUUGGCCAGCGCAUGCAGCAUUAGCCAAGCGGCCAAGGAGGCGCUGGCCGGCGGCACAGCCUCAAACACAACCACGCCCACGCCCUGGACGCUGUUUGUGCACGCGGAGCUGCAGCUGGGCGCGCAGCUGUUUCGAGCAGUGCAUCAGCUGCUCUCGCAGCUGCACAACUGGCUUAAGGAGACGGCGGGCACAGCCGCACAGCCGGCGGAUGUGGAUGCCAGCACAAUACAGGCGCUGGCGGAGCAGCAGGUGCCGCAUAGCUGGCAGAAGCUGUGGCCCGGUCCGAGCAGCAACAGCGCCGCAGAUUACCUGCGCGGCCUGUUGGUGCGCGCGGAGGCGGCGGAGCAGCGUUACAGGCAGCAGCUGCAGCUGGAAUUCGUUGAGGAACUGAAUCUGGUGCAUGUGUACAACUGUGAGAAUCUGUUGGCCUGCCUCAAGCUGCAGCAAGCGCGCAAGCUGGGCGUCUCCACGCAGCGACUCCGAUUGCAGUGUAUUAACAAUAGAGUUGCAGAUCCCGAGACGUUGGUGCUGAAGCUGGCGCCGCUUAGGCUGGAUGGAAAUACACAGAUGUUAAAUACGAGCGAUUCGAAUGCAUUUUAUAUUGCGUAUAAAAUCAAAGAAAAUAUUGAAAAGACUGCCAAUGCGGAUAAAUUCAAGAAAAUUGAUCGAUUUGCCAGCAACAGGCAGCACUCCGACGAGAGAAUUACACUGCCACUGUACAGCAGGGCCAGCAGGGAUAAGCUGAUCUGUCAUUUAAAACUGGAACUUGGUGGCGCCACCGCGGAGCAGGUACUUUUAGCAGGCACUGCUUUAAUAGUUGACGAUUACUGAUGACGUCUGUCGAAAUUCAUCCCAAAAAAAUGAAUCAAUCAGAUAAACGAAUAUGCAGAAUCCGCUGUAGAAGUAUAAUGGAAGAAAUAUGUCCAGAAAAGCCAUUUUGGAAUUGCAAAAUUUUGAAUUGAGAGCACAGGUGUUUGUGAUCGGAAAAUGAAACCUGAUUUUUUUUCUGACUGAAAUAUAUAGCCUGCUUUAUUGUGGCUAAAAAGGCGAUAUAAAUGGAAAUAA